AUGCCGAGAAUAAUGCAAUUCAAUGAAAAACUUUCUCUAUUAUACAAAAGCUUCAACGAAAAAUUUGAAGAACAGUUCGAAUUUAAAAUACAAGAUGUGACUUUUGAGAAAAUCGUUAUUUAUUUGAACAAGCCAAAGGAUCCGUCCAGUUUAGCUGUUACACGUGUUUUGUUCGGGUUGGCGAUGCUAUUCGACAUCCCUGACGAGCGAGGGGGAGCGAUAAUGGAGCGCCGCUGGGAUUCAAAGCUGUGUCGCUUUCCUCUCCUGCCGUUUCUGCAGGCCCUGCCGAUGCCCUACAUGGCGAUCGUGUAUGCGAUCUUAUGGCUUGGCGCGCUAGGAAUAAUGCUCGGGUACAAAUACAAGAUGGCCGCCGCAGCGUUCGUGGUUUGUUACUGGUACCUCUUCCUCAUCGAGAAGAGUUACUGGAACAAUCACAGCUACCUUUUUGGGCUAGUGGGGCUACUGCUUGCCUGCACCGAUGCAGAUUGCUAUUGGUCCCUCGACGCGUACAUAGACCCUACCAAGCGAAAGGACUCUGUCCCUUACUGGAACUACUUCAUUCUGAAGUACCAGUUCUUCAUCCUAUACUUCAUGGCUGGCUUGAAGAAGGGCACUGCUGAGUGGCUCUCUGGUUACUCCGUGCAGAACCUCAGCGAGCACUGGGUGUUUGCACCUUUUAGGCUGUUCCUCACAGUGCCGCAGACGGACUACCUGGUGGUGCACUGGUUCAUCUUCGCGUUCGACCUGACGGUGGCCGCGUGGAUGAUGUGGUCGCGCUCGCGGCACGUCGCCAUGUUGUUAUGCGCUCUCUUCCAUCUCAUGAACAGCAGGCUGUUCAGAAUCGGUAUGUUCCCUUGGGUAUGCCUAGCCACGAUGCCACUCUUUUACCCAUUUGACUGGCCAAAGCUUGCUGUUACUCUCGCCAGCGAAAAAUAUUUGACUUACAAAAAUAAACUAUGCGAUUUGUUCAGAGUUAUAAUGUGGCACUCAAAGGGGUGCCAAUGUUGGACCAACCGAUUUGAUGAUAAGGAUUCUGAUGAAGGUCUAACAAAUGACGUAACCGAUGAAGAUGAAGUCAAUGACGAUUGUAAAGAUGUCAAUGAACCUAAUUUAGCUGACAACACGGACGAAUCAAACGAUGAAGUGUUUACCAAUCCCAAAAGUGAAGAUGAUUGUAAUCCAAAGAAAAAUAUUACAAAGAGUGUUGAUCAAACAGAAGUGACGAACGAUACAGAAAAUUAUCGAAAAAACUGUUUGACGACGUAUCUCAUCAUAGCUUUCGUUAUAAUUCAAGCGUUUCUACCAUACUCACAUUUCAUUACUAAGGGGUACAACAAUUGGACAAAUGGCCUUUAUGGCUACUCCUGGGAUAUGAUGGUGCACACUUGGGAGCCGCACUCGAUAGUCGUUAAGGUGGUCGACAAUAAAGCCAACCAAGAGUUUUACGUGGACCCCGAUCUCUUUACUCUGAACGACCGGUGGACCAGACACGGCGAUAUGGUCCACCAGUACGCCAAAUGCUUGGAACAAAAGUUAGCUCAAUCGGGAAAGAGUUACACGUAUCGGAAGAUUCCAAAAAAUAUCUCCAUUUACAUAGACGUUUGGUGCUCGAUGAACGGUAGAUUCAUCCAGAGAAUGUUUGAUCCCAAAGUGGAUUUGUUGAAGGCAGAUUGGUCGCCGUUGCAGCCUGUACCGUACUUGAUGCCGCUACUGGACGAAGCACUGCAUUGGAGGACAGCACUAGAUGAUAUUAGGAAUAAUGUCCUUUCUUGGAGUAACUACAGUGACGUAACAUUUAUUGCAGAUUUUCCUGGUUAUGAUCAAGAAAAGUUUAUUCCAAGUGAGCUGAAGAACGUCACCCUAACCGUAUUGGAAGGGCAGGUCGCCUUCGAGUCAGAGGUCACCGAGGCCUACAAGGGCCAGUCUACCAAGCUCUUCGUCGGAAACUCGACUCUAGUGACUUCUGGAAGCUUCCAUAAGGUCCUCAACAUUGGAAACCAGCCUGCUUUCUACAUGUACACUUAUUACAACAGCUCUGAAGUAACUGAACCUAUGGAACCAAAGCCGAAACUACCCAUAGGCAGUGAAUUGUUACGAAGGCUCCGUAAUAUGUUGACGUUUGGAUAUAUUGUUGUUAAAGGUGUAGCUCAGUCUUUUUACAAUACGUUUGAAUGUUAUUAGAUAAGUUACAAGCUUUUGUAUCUUCCUUCUAUUUAUUAAAAAACAUUAUUGUCGUCAAGGAAUCUAUUGUUUUCUUUGCUGAUAGUAUACAAGCAUUGUUUACUCUACCUUCACACAUACAUUAUGUAACUAAGUAUU